AUGAGUGAUACUGAAAACGUUGACGCUAGUGCUGUUUCGGCGAACGCGGUAACAGUAAUGAAAGUAAAUGAAUUAAAAUACGAACUGAAUAGACGAAAAUUGAAGACGACGGGGAAGAAAGACGAGCUUGUUGCUAAAUUAGAAGCAGCUUUGCUAUUAGAAGAUGCUAGAGAAGAAAACAACGAUGAAGAAAAUCAACGUGACGUAAUUUCUGACGAAGAAUCGAACAAAACAGUUUUAUAUGGUGCAAGAAACAUUCGAGAGUUUAAAGAAAAACUAAAUCACUACGAAACGAUGAAAAACAAUAUAAAAUCGUGGCAUCGAGUUGAAAAACCGAAAAUUGAAACAAAAAUGAACAGUAAAAGUGAUGAAAAUGAAAAGAAGAGCUUCCAACGUUGCUACAACUGCGGAGAUAGAGGUCACGUGAGUGUCAAAUGUCCAAAUAAAGCGAAGGGCACGAAAUGUAUUAAGUGCGGGGAAUUCGGACAUGUUUCCGCAAAAUGUAAGAAACAAGCCGGUAGAAGUGAAUCGAAUGUAAUUGAAGUCAGAAAGAAGAACGAACAGAAGACUAUAGACAACAAAAUAUUCAAAGAGGUCGUCAUAAACAAGCAAAAAAAGUCUUAUUGA